UUCUCCCAGUAAUGCCAACCUAUAAAAAAUAAAAAUCAGAAAUAACUUGUCUUUUAUCCACCAUUUUCCCUUUGUGACUUUACCGGUGUUCAAAACACGUGCCGCGUAUUAAAAUAUCAAAAUGAACACCGAAAAGCUGAAGAAAUUACAAUCACAAGUGCGCAUUGGAGGUAAGGGUACACCGAGGCGCAAGAAGAAGGUUGUUCAUGCGACCGCUGCCACAGACGACAAGAAACUGCAGUCUUCUCUCAAAAAGUUAUCAGUAAACACUAUACCUGGUAUUGAAGAGGUUAAUAUGAUAAAAGAUGACGGCACUGUAAUACAUUUCAACAACCCCAAAGCGCAGGCAUCGCUCGCGGCUAAUACUUUCGCAAUUACGGGCCAUGGGGAAAACAAGCAGAUCGCAGAAAUGCUCCCUGGCAUUCUUAGCCAACUAGGACCCGAAGGAUUAAAUCAGUUGAAGAGGCUGGCGUCAAGUGUGGCUGCACCAAAGCCAAUAGAUGAAGACGACGAGGUACCUAACCUAGUUGGUAAUUUCGAUGAAGCCUCCAAACAAGAGGCGAAAGAAAUAAUAAUUGAAGAGAAAGAAAAAGAAAAAAAGGAGCCAGAAACCAAAGCAGCUGACAAGAAAACUGACUAAUUGACUUUUUUUAUCGAAUGGUCUAGUUUUUAAUUUUGCUCACAAUAUGAAGUGAUACAGAAAGCUAGGGUUUCCAAAGCCAUUGGGGUGUGUCUCAAAACAAUUUUUAUUUUUUGUUAAUAAUUAAUGUUUUGUGUUCCUAAAUAAAUGUAUUCGAAUUUAUCAUGGUUCGCAUUUAUUAUAGAGUAAAAUGUGUGUUCUGUGAUGUAGUCCUGUAGACAUUUAAGUUUUCUUUCAUAUUUGUUUUAUAACUAAUGACUUUGGAAAUCCUUACUCUGCCAUCUGAUAAAAUAUGUAAUGCUUCUGUCUCCUUUGCCAUGCACUAAUACAUUUCUUAGUUUAUACUGUAACAUACUGCAUAAUCGAAUAUUGAUUUUUUCAAUAUAGAAACAUAAUUAAGUGUAAAAAAACCAUUUGUUGAGAUGAUGGCAUAAGUCAUUUGUACACUGAAGUCUAUAACAUAAAACAUUAUUUUUAUGAUUGCACAGGAAAGAUAAUUAAUGUAUAGUAAAUAAGGUGUUUAGAUUAAGCACCACAAUAUUUUUAAAUAAUGGUAUUUUCUAAAGUUAUUGGCUGACGUCCAAGUUUGCUUUCUCAUUUUAAAGAAGUUGAAAAUAUAGGUUUUAAAAAUCUUUAAAAUAUAGUCAAUAGCUCUUUAGGUUACCAGAGCUAACAAUAUAAUAAAAACAUAAAAAUUGAAAAACUUAUAAACAAUUAAAGUUUGUGUGAUGUGAUGACAUGACAUUAAAACUUUGGUCUAUGA